UCUAGUGCUAUUUUUGAGACAUAAACUUUAAAAGGUGCUAUUAUUGACAAUUGCCCUUUCAUUUUUUCUUGAAUAUUUUUCGUAUUUUCUUUUUAUGUGCUAUUUUAUGAAAUGUUUUUGUGAUUAUUAAAAUUUGUUCAAAAUAUAUCAACUAAAACUAUCGAUAAGUUUUUCAAAUUGACCAUUAGUAAACUUAUAUUAAAUGACAUACUAAAUAACUUUUGAAACAUUAACUUUGUUCAAUUGGGUUAAAGAUUGCCCUUCGCGAACUACGGGGUGCAUUUGCAAAUAACUGAAACCCGAAGGGUGAAACUUAAAAUAAAAGUAUCUAACCCGAUCACGAGAAAAAUACGAAGAACUAAACAGAACAGCACACGGAUGGUAUGAUUGGUUGAACAAUACGAAACCUAUUAACCGAGUUUAAAGCAUCUUCCUUUCGAACAGCCCCACCAAGAUUCUGUUACUACUAGGUUCUUGUCACUAGAUAGAGAAGAAAGAUGAGUUUGGAGAGAAUGGCGACGAGUCGAACGGUGACGGUUGCGCAGGAUGGUUCCGGCGACUACUGCUCUGUUCAGGAAGCAGUUGACUCUGUUCCUCUUGGAAACACGUGUCGUACUGUGAUCUGUCUCUCACCGGGGAUUUACCGACAGCCGGUGUACGUGGCCAAGAAGAAAAACUUCAUCACUUUCACCGGAAUGUCCCCGGAAACCACCGUUCUCACUUGGAACAAUACGGCUUCCAAGAAUGAGCAUCAUCAGGAGGCUAGAGUCAUCGGGAAGGGAACGUUUGCGUCCGGGACUGUUAUUGUCGAAGGAGAUGACUUCAUCGCAGAGAAUAUUACUUUUGAGAACUCUUCUCCUCAGGGAUCAGGGCAAGCUGUGGCGAUAAGAGUCAGUGCAGACCGCUGCGCCUUUUAUAACUGUCGGUUUCUCAGCUGGCAGGAUACUUUGUAUUUGCAUAGUAGGAAACAAUAUUUGAAAGACUGCUACGUCGAGGGAAGCGUGGAUUUCAUAUUUGGAAACAGCACCGCACUCUUGGAACACUGCCAUAUCCACUGUAAAUCUCCGGGUUAUAUAACAGCACAAAGCCGAAAAUCACCUCAAGAAUCUACUGGUUACGUAUUCCUAAGAUGUGUGAUCACGGGCAAUGGUCAGAGUGGGUACAUGUACCUCGGAAGGCCAUGGAGACCAUUUGGGAGAGUGGUCUUUGCGUACACUUAUAUGGAUGCAUGUAUCAGAAAUGUUGGUUGGCAUAACUGGGGAAACGAAGAUAAUGAGACAAGCGCUUGCUUUUAUGAGUACAGGUGCUUUGGUCCGGGUAGCUGUUUGUCUGAACGGGUUACGUGGUCGAGAGAACUGAUGGAUGAAGAAGUUGGACAGUUCUUACAUUAUUGUUUUGUGGAUCCAGAUCAGGACCGACCUUGGUUGUGUCCGAGAACGGGAGGCAGGACACCUUGCUCGGCGUAGAGUUACAUAUUAGGAUAAGAAAACUCAAGAAAUUAAAACUGUUUUCUUCAUUAAGUUAAUGUGAAUGUACAUAUGAUUCUGUGUAUAUAUACAAAGUAUAAGUUGCCUCCUUAUAGCUGUAUAAAUAUAAAGGCAAUAUGUUCAGUAUGUAUAUCUAGUAGUACUUGAAAAAAAUGUUGUAAUUGACACCAAGCGUAGAAUAACAAAGGAUUUUGGAGAAUCUACUGUAAGCCAAGUAUUGAACUUGA